AUGUCCCUUUCCGCUGCUUAUGUGGUCAUUUGCUUAUGUUUCUCUCUGUCGGGACUGGCUUUCAUUGAGACCCCCUCCUCUCUGACCUACACCUCGGACAUUCGUUUCAAACCCAAGCCUUGGGAGCCACCGUGUGGACUGACGGAGGGGAUUGAGAUAGUCUGCCUUUGUAUCUUCAUCCUAGAUGUCACUGUGAAGGUAGAAAUCCAGAAAUAUUCAGUUGACUAUUGGGAUAGCAUUAAACAGAGUUAUCUGAUAGGAUGGGAGGAGUUUCGUAUGAACAAAUGGCUGAUUGGUUAUAUAGUAGUGAUUGCAGCAUCAGUUAUUGAUUGGAUGUUGAGUAUUAGCAUGAUGUGCAGUGAGGACCCUAAGAAGAAUGGAGAAUGGGAAACCUACUUCAAAAACCUGCCAAAGGCCCUGUCUUCUCUGCUAGUGCUGCUAACGACAGCCAAUAACCCUGACGUCAUGAUUCCAGCAUACUCUCUGAACCGUGGCUAUUCUAUAUUUUUUAUACUCUUUAGUGUGUUUGGGACAUAUUUGUUAAUGAAUCUAAUGACGGCUAUUAUUUAUAACCAGUUCAGGGGAUAUUUACUGAUGUCAGUUCAGACGUCUAUAAUCAGGAGGCGUCUGGGUAUUCGGGCUGCUUUCGAGGUGCUGUGCUGUCCAGGCCGAGGGCACACCAGCACUCAGUCUGAAGGCCAUGUGGAGCGAGUGGCGGUGAACAUGUUUCUGCAGGUCAUGGAUAGAGUCCACAUGAAGUCUUACUGCAGGCAGGCUAUCAUUAAGGCUGCUCGGCAGUUCCCAGAUGGCUUCAUUAAUGGCGAGGCCUUCCAGAGGCUCUUUAAUGAGCUGGAUAAGGAUUUUAUGAAAGAGCAUCCACCAAAACCAGAGUACAGUUCUCCUGUCCUACGGCAUAUCCAGAAUAUCUACAGUCACUUUUAUAUUACUGUUCUGGGGAAUGUUGUCGCUCUGGCAAAUGUCAUCUGUAUCUGUACUGUCUUGGUUCUGAAUUCAGAGAAAUCUGGGUCAGAGAAAAAUAACUUCUAUAUGGAGAUCCUCAACUGUAUUUUCAUCCUGUACUAUUUAAUAGAGAUGCUGCUGAAAAUAGUGGCUUUUGGUUGGAGAGGUUACCUGUCUUACAGGAAUAACAUCUUUGAUGGAUUCCUCACUGUUCUUCUUCUGGCAAUUCAGAUUGCCAUAUUCAUCACGUACAGGAUUCCCUAUGAGGACGUAGAUCUGGUUCCACGACAUGUGAUGGCUUUGUGGGAGAUGGUGCGACUGGUCAACAUGUUGAUUGUCUUCCGUUUCCUCCGAAUAAUUCCAGAAAUCAAGUUGAUGGCCGUGGUUGCCAGCACUCUUGUGGACCUGGUGAAAAACUUGCGGGCAUUUGCUGGCAUUCUAUUGGUAGUGUACUAUAUGUUUGCCGUCCUUGGUAUCUGGCUUUUCCAGGGAGCUAUAACCCCUCCAUCAAACAUGAGUCUAAUCUCCAAUGCCAGCAUAGAGAACAAAACGGAUGGUCCCUUCAGCAUGGAUUGUGGCACUUUUGAACAGCUGGAGUACUGGCCAAACAACUUUGAUGAUUUUGCUUCCUCUCUGGUUCUCCUCUAUAACAUCAUGGUGGUGAAUAACUGGCAUGUUUUCACAGACGCAUACACCAGAUACACUACAGAGUGGUCCUUGGUGUACUUUGUGGCCUGGUGGUUGACAUCUUCAGUCAUGUGGGUCAACCUGUUUGUGGCCCUCAUUUUGGAGAAUUUCACUUAUAAGUGGGACCGCAGUAAUGCUCUUUCUGUUGAAGAUGUGGAGAGAAUUGCCUAUCAAAGCACUGUACAGCUUAUUUUCAGAGAACAUGUUCAAGAGCCGACAGAAGAAGAGCUACUAGCUCAACUACAACAACAUCCUCAUCUGCACCUCUCCUGGUGACCCUAAGCUUGCCCCCCUCACCUCCACCUCACGGGACGCCUUUAAUGCAUAAUUACACCAAAACACCCAGAAUCCUCCAGGACUCCAUCACGUCUGUGUGAGCCUCAUGUUUACAUAUCCAUCCAUUUUGGAGGGCCUGUUUCCCAUUAUAGGAUCUGUGUAGCUUCAGGUCGGCCUGGGAAAGGAUGUAUGUGUUUUUAACAGAGCGUCACAGAGUUAAUGUUUGGAGGAACUUCAAUUCAUAAAUAGGCUUUAGCUCAA